AUGCAGCUCUUCGCCAAGUCCGCGCUCGCAUUUCUUACGCUUUUUGUUGGGUUGACAAAGGCCCAGAUCAAUGGCACCGGCAAUCUGUUCUACUUUGUCCCGAGCACCGGCGCAUGCGGAUUCACGAACAGUCCUGACCAAUACGUCGCGAUUGUCUCUGGGGAUGUGUUCAACAGCUACCCGGGCGCGACGGAUGACCCGAAUUACAACCCAAUCUGCGAGCACAACCUGACCGUUACCUGUAUGCACCGUCAUUCCUUCGAACUUACAAUUGAAUUGGAGCUGACAGUCACCUCAGACAAGGGCACUGAAGUGUCUGCACAGAUCGUAGACUAUUACACCAGCUCGCCGGACAACAACGUUGGCCUCUCCUCCGCAGCGUUCAAGGUCUUCGGCAGGCCUCUGGGCGAGAUCUCUGAUGUGACGUGGGACAUUGUGUAG